ACGACACGGGAAGUCGUUGCAGCAGCUGGUCUUCGCAGCCACGCAUGACUGGAUUCUGACCCGUCGUUUACGUGCCGAAGACCGCCGCUGGGCAGGCAGGAGGCGACGAGGUCAGCCGGAGACCAACCGGAGCGCUAUCACCUGACCCACUCCCCCGUAUCCGCAGCAGCCGCGGCUUUUGUUCCGUCUUGUCCCGUGCAGCGUGCGCACACAAAAUUCUUUGCCGCGCCGGCCUCGCCACGGGUCCUGCGAGAAUAACCACCCGCGCACAGCUACCUCGGCAGCCUAACGGCCACGGCAGCAGCGCCUGGCUCUGAUGCUGCCAUGUCGCGCGUGUCUCCUGCCGGUCCUAUUACUUGGCCUCCUCGUGUCGUGCCUCCACGUGGCUGCCGCCGCGCAGGCUACACCGGUGAGCGUGCACCGGACGGACGGCGCCGCGGCGUGGCGCUCGUUCAUGCAGCUGCUGGACGCGCGGCGGGGCAGCCGCGUCGUGGGGCUUGGCGAGCUGAAGCGGUACCUGGCGACGUUCGGGUACUUGCCGAAGUCGGAGCAUGACCUGACGGACGCGUUCGACGAGCACCUGGAGGUCGCCGUGAGGCGGUACCAGUCCAUGCUCAGCCUGCCGGUCACGGGGCAGCUCGACUCCGCCACGCUCAACCGGAUCAUGGCCCCGCGCUGCGGCGUCGGCGACGGCGUUUCCGUGUUCCUCUCGGCAAAGGGGAGCCAGAGCGGCGGCGGCGGCACUGUCAGCCGGUUCACGUUCUUCAAGGGCGAGCCGCGGUGGACGCAGCCGGACCCUCUCGUUCUGACGUACGCCAUCUCGGCGACGGCCACCGUCGACUACCUGCCGCCCAAGGCCGUGCGCGCCGUGUUCCGGCGCGCGUUCGCGCGGUGGGCUCAGGUCAUCCCCGUGGGCUUCGUCGAGACCGACGACUACGACGCGGCCGACAUCAGGGUGGGCUUCUACGUGGGUAGCCACGGCGACGGCAUCCCCUUCGACGGGCCGCUCGGUGUGCUCGGCCACGCCUUCUCCCCCCAGAACGGGCGGCUCCACCUCGACGCGGCAGAGCGAUGGGCGGUGGACUUGCACACCGAGACGAAGAACUCGGCCAUCGACUUGGAGUCUGUGGCGACGCACGAGAUCGGCCACGUCCUCGGGUUGGGGCACUCGUCGUCGCCGAAGGCAGUGAUGUACCCGAGCCUCAGCCCGCGGGAAAAGAAGACAGAGCUCACCGUCGACGACGUGGAAGGCGUCCAGUGGCUGUACGGGUCAAACCCGGAGUUCAGCCUCAGCUCGCUCUACGUGCAGGACGCAUCCAUGUCGCCGGGGAGGAGCAUUUGGCUUGCUGGCUCAGUUGGUUUCGUUUGUGCAGUCUUGGUCAUACUUGUGACGCACUUGUAGAUAGACAGAAAAAGAAAGUUUUAGGUAGCGUGAUUCUACAGGAGAAAGAAACAUUAGCACACCAAACCGUUGCCAGGAAGAGAAAGAUGCGUGUGUUUCUCUAAUUCUCUUCUUAUAGGUUGCUUUGGCACAGCACUGGUGAAACUGUCGUAAAUUGCCUGAUGGACCUGUACAUAAUUUUAUCUGUAAAAAAAGCAUGAUGUUAUCUACACGAGGAUUAUGCAACUCAUCAAAAGAACUUCGUCUCAGAAAAAAGAAAGAGGAAAAAAAAA